CUCUUCAAUUUUCGGCUCCCUCUCAUAAAAAAACCCACUCUCUCUAGAAUCUUCUUCUCUCCAUAUCUCUCGAUUCACGGAAACACCUCCGAUCUUCGGAAUCGCUCAUCGAAAUGGCGCGUGACAACCAGCUUCCAGGCGACGGCGACGGUGUAUCCACGCCGGAGGAAUCCCUCACUUACCGCACGUGCGAUACCCCUUCGCACGUGACCUGCGUUUCAUCUCCUCCUCUUGAUCGCUCCGGCGAUGUUGAUCCUCUUCCUGUUUCCGGCAUCGGGGGACACGAAUCUGGUGGCUCAAAGGCCGAUGAGUCUAUGAUUGACACAGAUGAGACUAAAAAGAGGAAACGGUUACUCAGUGGUGAGGAAAAGAGUGACGGAGAAAUCGCGAGUGUCGAUGACGGUGUUGAUGUGUUUGCUGCGAUUUGUGAAGACUUGAAUUGUUCUUUGUGUAAUCAAUUGCCUGAUAGACCCGUUACGACACAAUGUGGGCACAACUUCUGCUUAAAAUGUUUUGAGAAGUGGAUUGAUCGAGGUAAUGAAACGUGUGCAAAAUGUCGUAGCCCAAUUCCCGAUAUAAUGGCAGGCAAUCCUCGUGUUAACUCGUCCCUCGUGCCUGUUAUCCGUUAUGUAAAAGUUGCUAAAGGUGCUGGUGCUGGAACUGCAAAUUUUUUUUCUUUUACAAGCAACCAAGGUGGUCCAGAGAAUGCUUUUAGAACCAAGCGCGCAAAAACUGGGAGGGCGAAUGCUGCAUGUGGAAGGAUAUAUGUUACUGUACCAUUUGAUCAUUUUGGUCCUAUACCAGCUGAAAAUGAUCCUGUUAGGAACCAAGGUGUUUUAGUUGGAGAAUCCUGGAAGGAUCGAGUAGAGUGUCGGCAGUGGGGGGCUCACUUUGCACAUGUUUCUUGCAUUGCUGGACAAUCAGACUACGGAGCUCAAUCUGUAGCAAUCUCUGGAGGUUAUAAGGAUGACGUGGAUCAUGGAGAAUGGUUUCUAUUCACAGGAAGACUUUUGUCUCUUUACGUCUUGAAAAUAUGCAAAUACGCGGAUGUGUCACACAGGGGAAGGAGAAAUUUCAAUAACGAGGAUCAGGAGUUUGAAGAAUUGAAUGAAGCUUUAAGAGUUAGUUGCGAAAUGGGGUAUCCAGUUCGAGUUGUCAGGUCUUACAAGGAGAAGCAUUCUGCAUAUGCCCCUGAGGAAGGAGUGAGAUAUGACGGUGUCUACAGGAUCGAGAAAUGCUGGCGAAAAGCUAGAUUCCAGGAUUCCUGUAAGGUCUGUCGUUACCUGUUUGUGAGAUGUGACAAUGAGCCAGCUCCAUGGAACAGUGAUGAGAAUGGAGAUCGUCCAAGACCUUUGCCUGAUAUCCCAGAGCUUGAAACGGCCACAGACCUGUUUGAGAGAAAGGAAAGUCCAUCAUGGGAUUUUGAUGAAGCUGAGGGCCGUUGGAGAUGGAUGAAGCCUCCACCUGCUAAUCAUGAGCAGAGGAAGAGAAUGAGGAUCGCUAUGACAUGUCUUCUCCUUUUUGUCAUGAUCAUUUUUGUUGGUUCAUCAUCUAUCUUAUACCGGGUUUAGAAGAAUCACCGGCAAAUAACUUGUUCUUUUGGUUUGAUGAUCCCUUAAUUAUCUUCUUGUACCAAAACAGUCUUCUCUAGUUCUCUCACUACUCGUCUUGGAUACUUGAGGUUCUAUGGUAUGAGUUGGGACACAAUUUUUGUAUGCUUUGUUCCGUCAAUUUGUCCUGUUUCUUCAACAGGCGCAUUGAUGUUUUUAAACAUAAUGAUCAACUCUUUAUAUAAAUUACUAGAUUUGAA